UAUAUUCUUCCGUAUUCUUUGGUUAUGUAUGAUUUCUGCGUUAUCACUGGUACUACGAUUUGAUUCUAUUUAGUUUCUGAUAACGUUGUUCGCAAUAUAAAAAUGGUAAAAAACUUGGACAAGAAGUAUUCGAUAGUUAAGUCUAUGAUACAACUUGUUAGUGUAAAAAGAUAUUGCAAUUUCAUACUGUGGAUAUAAUAACCAUUCAGUAUACAAUUUGAAAGUGCAACUGUUGUGACGUAGUUUUAUUUAUAUAAAAUACAUAAAAGAGUAAUCUUUAAUUAUAAACAAUGGCGAACGAUCGAGAAGUUUUAAGAGAAAUUUGGGAUGGAAAAAUUCCCGUUUGUUUUACACUCGAUCCUGAAGAAACGUCAGAAUUGCAAGGUCCUGAUCCGUUUUAUCUUAUGGUGCCUAGGUUAAGUUAUUUUCCAGUAUGCACAGAAAAGGUUAGGAAACAUUUUAUAAAACAUAUAGAAACUGAUAACAAACAGGAUCAUGAAAUGUGGUUAGAAUUUAAUGGAAUCCCUUUAAAGUGGCAUUAUCCUAUCGGUGUAUUAUUAGAUAUAUAUUCUAAUGACAUUCAAUUACCAUGGAAUAUCGUUGUUCAUUUUGAUAAAUUUCCAGAAAAUGUCUUGAUGCAUUGUCAAAACAAAGAAGUUGUGGAAUCACAUUUUCUUGCUUGCGUGAAAGAAGCUGACGUAUUAAAACAUAGAGGACUAAUCGUAUCGUCCAUGCAGAAAAAAGAACAUAGCAGUUUAUGGAAUGGAUUAAUUACAGACAAAUUUGAUCAAUUUUGGUCAAUAAAUAGAAGAUUAAUGGAAGCAGCUAACAGCGAAGAAGGAUUUAAAUACAUUCCAUUUCGAUGUUAUACAAGUGAGGAUAAAUAUAUUCAAAAACUUGUUAAACCGGUAAAUGAAGAAGGCCAAAGGAAAACGUUAAAACAUUUAUUAAAUGAAGUAUUUCCAGAUCAAGAAUGUGUUGAAGUACGCACUCAUGGGACUAUUCCACCACCAGAAACACCGUUGCAAUGGAUGUCAGAACAUUUAAGCUAUCCUGAUAAUUUUUUGCAUUUAGUUGUAACUUCCUCGUAACCUACAUUUGAAUAGUUGCAGUUAACAAUAACUUUGGUGUUAUUAUUUAAAUGUUGCUGGUGAUCAUUCAGGAAAGAGAUCCUUGUAUCAUGUAUCUUCUUCUUCUUCUUCUUCUUCUUCUUCUUCUUCUUCUUCUUCUUCUUCUUCUUGUGUAUACAAAAACAUUAAUUUUAAUUCUUAUUUAUUUUCAAAUAAGAGUCAAAUGUUGAUUCAUUUAGUCUCUUUAGUUUUAUAACAGUUAAUGUAUAUGCAAGCUAACGUUUACACAAGAAAAAUAAUUAAUAAAAUAUCUAUUUAUGUCCGCCGAAUUGAAUUGAUUGUGUUUCAAGUAUAAACGUGUCAUCGUACAUUAUCAAUGUAUCAUAUAAAAUCAUUUGUGAAAUAAUUUUUAAGCAUAGUUUAAAGAACGACGAUUACAAACAAUAGGAUAGUUUGAUUUAAUAUGUGCAAAGUAAGCGAUAUAUAUAUAUAUAUAUAUAUAUAUAUAUAAUUAAUUAACGAAUAUAUAUUUAUUGAAUAGUUUUGAACAUUAUUUAAGCUAUAGAACAAUUUUCACGUGGCUUAUGAUACAUUCUUAAAAUUCUCGUAGGCAAAGUAUCAUUUGCAACAUCCGAAGCUUCAUGAGGUCUACGAAUUAUUACAGGUUGAUUUCCAUAAUUACUGUACUCCAUAGUUCUACGACUUGUACCAAAACUCAAAUAAUUCACAACUUCUUUCUUGUUCUGUUGUUCCUGUAAAAA